AUGACGAACGGGAAGUUUGAUUGCUCCGGCUUGGCUCAGGAGUGGGAUUCUUCAGAGCCACUUCGUGCCGGCUUGCGUGCUGGUGGUCCGUUCUUGACUGGAUCCCUCGGCGACUUUUCUGUCAGUCGGUGUGUCAAGAACACCGAAGCUUUGGUGCCGCUGCUCGCACGCUCUCAUGCGUGCAACCACCAGAGGCCCGAAGUGGAGCGACUGCGGGAGCAGAUCUCAACUUUGUUGGGUCUUUGCCAGCGCAGUGGCUCCGAGUCCGAAGUGGAUGACUGGGCCUGGGAGAUUCGUAAGAUGCUGACAUUCAUGAAGCGGAAGUGCCAACGGCAAGAGGAGCUCGUCGACAGCAUUCGCCAGAAGUACAACGAAGAUGAGCCUGCGUCCGAGGAUGAGGUGCUAUCAUGGGAGCAUGCAGGGCUUGAGGUCCACGAGAAUGGGGCCAACGAUGAGCCUGUGAUUCCUGUUCCUGGUCCCCCGGUUCCCGUGUGGCUCGCGCCUUUGCCUACGGGGGCUUCGACAGCUCCUGCUGAACCUGUGGUGCCGAGGGAAGCUGUGGUGCCUGGGGAACCUGUGCUGCCUAAGGAAGCUGUGUUUCCUAGGGAAGCUGAAGUGCCGAGCAGUGUUCCGUCACCGACUUCGGUUUGUGCGACACCCUCACCACACCAUGCAAAGUGCGGUGACUAG